AUGGCCUCCCUCACACGCAUCAACCUCGCCCCCACCGCGCGCACCCUCGCCUCGGGCGUCCCCGCCGCGCGCGCGGCUCUCAACCUCCCCCCGGCCCCCGACCACCACCACGGGCCUCGCGCCGACCUCCCGGCCAAGUUUGCGACCUACGCUGCGAACGGCGUCAGCAGCCUGCGCGUCAAUGCCAACCCAACAGGCGUCUUUGGCCAGCGUCGCCUGCACACUUCGGCGCGCGCGCUCGUGAGCCGCGACCAGAACGGUGUCCCCGACCUGAGCGCCUACAAGACCCGCAACGAGUCGGGCAACCGUGUCGUCUCCUACUUCAUGGUCGGUGCCCUCGGCGCCCUUUCGGCUUCGGGUGCCAAGUCGACGGUCUCGGACAUUCUUUCCAACAUGGCGGCGUCUGCGGACGUCCUGGCCUUGGCCAAGAUCGAGGUUGAGAUGGGCUCGAUCCCCGAGGGCAAGAACCUCAUCGUCAAGUGGCGUGGAAAGCCCGUGUUCAUCCGCCACCGCACCCCCGAUGAGAUUGACGAGGCGCGCUCGGUCGACGUCAAGUCGCUCCGCGACCCCGAGACGGACGAGCAGCGCACCCAGCGCCCGGAGUGGCUCGUCAUGCUCGGCGUCUGCACCCACCUCGGCUGUGUCCCCAUCGGCGAGGCCGGCGAGUACGGCGGCUGGUUCUGCCCCUGCCACGGCUCGCACUACGACAUCUCGGGCCGUAUCCGCAAGGGCCCCGCGCCCCUCAACCUCGAGAUCCCCGAGUACAGCUUCAACGACGCCGAGGAGAAGAUUGUCGUCGGUUAGACAAAUUGUAUGGCCCUGCGCCGAUGCAAAAUGCCCGUGAGGGUUGGAUAGAGAUGCGAGGU